AAAUAUGAAUCUUCUCUUUAGAUAGGUUGUCAAUCCAAACAAUCCAAAAAUAGUGGCCAUUGCAAAAAACUAUGUUAAACAUGUAAAAGAAAUGGGUGGUGAUGAACCACCAAAAGAGCCUGUCAUAUUUUAAAAACCUUUUACUUCUUUAUUAUACCUUCCAGAUGGAAAUGGCAUUCUCUAAUUGCCUAAACAUAAUCAUGAAAUUCAUCAUGAAAUUGAAGUAUUUCUAUUUAUAUUUGUUAGCUUGGAUUUAUGGUUGCUAAGAAUGGCAAGAAUAUAUAAAAAGAGAAAUGGUAAGAAUAUAUUGGUGGUUAUUUUUUGGCAUUAGAUUUGACUGAUAGAGAGAUGCAAGCUCAUUUUAAGAAGCAAGGAUUUCCAUGGGAUUUAGCUAAGGGUUAAGACAAUUUUUUCCCAAUUACAGAUUUAAUUACAAAAGACAAGGUUAAAGAUCCUAAUAAUCUUUAAUUGGAAUUGAAAAUAAACUAAAAAGUUGUAUAAAAUGAUUCUACUUCUUCAAUGUAUUACAAAAUUCCAGAUUUAUUGGCUUACAUUUCAUAAUUUAUGACUUUGAGACCAGGAGAUUUAGUAUUGACUGGUACACCUCAUGGAGUAGGUCCAAUUAGAGCUAAAGAUAAUUUACAUGGUACAUUAAAAUAAGGAGAUGAAACUUUGGCAAAACUUAAUUUAAUAGUGGAAUGAGGAUUUCUUGAAAUUCAUUUACAACU